CUGAGGUUGCACUAAGCUCCACGCACAAGACAAGAUGAACAUCGCUGUAGUCCUCGUCCUCUUCUCCGUCCUGGCUGCGACACAAGCAAGCCAGGACCAGAGUGUGUGUGGUGUAAUCAGGGUGGAAAGUUGGAGCUACAAGUACGCCGAGAAGACAGUACAAGAUGCUUUGUAUGUCCUCAACAUGACGGUCGUAGAUCAGCAGUCCGAGGCUGCGUGUACCCUGGGUGAAUCAUUCGGCUACCAGAAAGCCACCCUGUGGGUGGAUCACGGCUGUCGUGCUGACUUUAACGUUUGCUACCUCCCAGUGAGGCCGACGGAGUGCCAAGUACUCAGGGUGGAAAGUUGGAACUACAAGUACGCCGAGAAGAAGGUGGCCGGAGCUGCUUUGUUCAUUGACAUGACCGUUGAAGAUCGGCAGUCCGCGGCCAGUUGCGAUCUGGAUAAAUCCUUUGGCUUCUACAAUCAGAACUCCACAGUGUGGGUGGAUCACGGUUGCCGUGCCGACUUCAAUAUCUGUUAUGUUAAAGGUGCCACCAGCACCACUACAGUAAACGUGAGCAGCUGGAACUACAAGUACGCCACCAAGAUUCUCCCCUCCGCCUCCUGUAUCUACUUCAUGCAAGUGGCCAAGCAACAGUCCGCGGCCCCCUGCACUCUCGGAAUCACUUAUGGUUUUGUGGCCAAUACCAUGUGGGUCAGCGAUGGCUGCAGAGCUGACUUUAGCGUAAGCUAUUAUUCCCCUUAAGCUUUCUUAAGAUGUGAAUGUUCCACUGACAUGUGAAUAUUCCACUGACCAAUUUUGUUGAAUUAAAAAGCUAUUGGAAACAAUU